AUGAAAAAAAAGAUGGUGCCUCCAUGGCUAGAGCUACUACUUGCAACACAGUUCUUUACCACUUGUGCAAACCAUCUUCUUGCCAGUCGUAAUGAAUGUAACCUAUUUUGCAUCCAGUGUGAGGCACCACCAGCUGCUUUCUGUUACUAUUGCCGUUCAAGUGAUCACUCCACUCAUCGUGUAAUCCAGAUAAGGCGAUCAUCCUACCAUGAUGUUGUGAGGGUUUCAGAAAUUGAGGACAUUCUCGAUAUUAGUGAUGUGCAAACAUACAUAAUCAAUAGUGCAAGGGUUGUGUUCUUGAAUGAGCGGCCGCAACAACGUAACUGUGGUGUCACUAAGACAACUUCAUCUUCAACACAUAACUGUGAGAUAUGUGGCCGUGCUCUACUUGAUGCAUUCCGCUUCUGCUCUCUUGGCUGCAAUCUCAGAGGCACACAAAAUGAUAUGAAUGUGGCAGCUAUGGUUGAAAGCGGCCCUCAAUGUUGCAGAGAGGCGGAUGUCCAUAAGAGUGAUGCUGGUUCAACUACCACUAGUGACAAAGAUAGCUGCAACGAGAACAAUGAAGAAGAACCACCACCAAAAAAGAUUGCUCGUCACAGACGCAAGGGAACUCCCCAACGUGCUCCAUUCUUCUAA